AGACUAUAAAUCCCUUCAAUUUUAUCAUCUUUAUUAGAUUUGAGCUCUUGUAAAAUCUAUUUCUUCACCUUUACUUUAGGUUAGGUAUCUUAGAAAUUGGGGAUUUUGGGGUUUUUUUUUUUAAUUUUUCUUUUUUAUAUAUUCAUUUGAGCUGUAUGGAUAAUGAGUUGGUGAAAAGGGGUUUAGAUUUCGCCAGAAGGAGGAAGAAAUGGAUAAUAGUAUUGGGGCUCGUCGGUUUUUCGAGUUACGGCGCCUACCGAGUGUACCAGAUGCCGUGUGUAGCCCGAAAGAGGAAGCGAAUCUCGAAGUUGUUCGGCUCCCUCGUUUCGAUGGCCGAAAUGGUGUCCGAUUCGGCCGAGACAAUCACCGUCGUGUCCCGUGAUUUGAAGGAGUUCCUUGAAUCCGACUCCGACGACAUUCCCAAUAGUUUGAAGCAGCUCUCGAAAAUCGCCAGAUCGAAGGAGUUUUCCGACUCGGUCACCCGCGUUUGCCAGUCCAUGACUAUCGGAAUAUUAAGAGGCUACAAUGUCGAUAACAGUAGUAGCACGAACGAGAUUCAAGAAGUGGAAAGUUCGAGUUUUUCGGACAGGGUUAUGGAUAAAUUGAUGUCGAGUGCCGGGACGGGGUUCGUCUCGGUCGUUGUCGGGAGUUUCGCGAAGAAUUUGGUUCUGGGGUUUUAUUCCGAUCGUGAAAAUGUUGGCUCCGAGAAAUCUACUUCUUCGUCAAUGGGUACUUGGAUAAGUGUGGUGUCGGAUGAUAAAUGCAGAGUACUAGUAGCCGACUGCAUCAAGACUUUUGUCAGCACAGCUGUUGCGGUUUAUCUCGACAAAACAAUGGACGUCAAUUUCUACGACGAGAUGUUCUCUGGCCUGACCGAUCCCAAACAUCAGAACAAAGUGACCGAUUUCUUGGUUUCGCUAUGCAACGGAGCUGUCGAGACUCUCGUGAAAACCUCUCACCAGGUUCUUACAGAUUCGAAUCAAGAUUCUGUGUCGGGAUCGAGUGAAAAGGCGAAGAAAUUCGAGCAAGAAACUUGUUUGAGUAACGAUUUGGAGAAUAAGGGAUGGGUUAGUAGCGUUACGUCUACAUUGGCAGUACCGAGCAAUCGGAGGUUCGUUCUUGAUGUGACAGGCAGGGUGACAUUCGAAACCGUCCGAUCGGUUGUCGAGUUUUUACUAUGGAAAAUAAACGAAGGGUUGAGGGGAAGUGUGAAUGUUGUUCAUGACGAGGUUGCGGCGAGAGGGUUUGAGGUUGUGAGAUAUGUCGGUGCUAAGUCUUCGGUUAUUCUUACUAUAUGUUUUGCAUUGUUUCUGCAUAUGGUAGGCAACACUCGAGUAUUGAUGCCUGCAUAAAAAAUAAAAAAUAAAAAAUAAAAACCCGAGCGUGGGACAUUUUUAUUUUUUUGUUAUAUUUUUAUUUUUUCGAAGGAAUCAAUUCUUAUAGUCUUGAAAUAUGUAGUCGGCAUUGUCAAAUUUGAUGCGUAGGUUCUCUACGAGUAGUCGGGCUGGCUGCUGGUGGAUCGAUCUGAUGUGGAUGCCGAUGCUAGAAAUUGAUUUUAAAUUCGGAUGAAGCGCAUACAGCUAUUGCAGUACCGCGACAAGUUUCUUAGAGAAGGCAAAGGUAUUCAUUCAUAGGGCAUAAAACUUGUCGUUCGACCGGUUUUGUUUUGUUUUAUUAAAUGUAAGUGCUGGUUUGAACAGUAAUGAUGAUGCGAUAAAGUGUAUUUUGAGUAAAAGUAAUAUUUAUAAGCUCAAAAUAUAUUUUCCGAUUUAGUAUUUAUAUCUCAUCGUGUUUUUUUUA